AUGAGGAGACUAUCGUUAGUCCUCAACCACAUCCAAUCCUCAGCUUCGCAUUCGAGUAUCAUGUCCAAGUUUUAUAAUCUCAAAGCAAACCUUGCCAAUGGCACUGAGUUCGACUUCUCUCAGACCCGAGGCAAAGUCGUCGUAGUCGUCAAUGUUGCUUCUAAAUGUGGUUUUACCACUCAAUACGAAGGCCUCGAAAAAUUAUGGCAAAAAUUCAAAGACAAAGAUUUCCAAUUGAUAGGGUUUCCUUGCAACCAGUUUGGUGGGCAAGAACCGGGUACCGAUUCGGAAAUCGCGAGUUUUUGCAAGCUCAACUAUGGUGUUACUUUUCCAAUCGCGCAAAAGUGUGACGUCAAUGGGGACAACGCACAUGAAGUCUAUAAAUUUUUGAAGGCUGAAAAGGCAGGAAUUAUGGGACUAUCACGAAUUAAAUGGAACUUCGAGAAAUUUGUCGUGGACAAGAAAGGAGCCGUUCGUUAUAGGCAUGCAUCGACUGCUAAACCUGAGUCCCUUGAAAAGGAGAUCGAAGGUUUAUUAGCAGAACCCGCACCUUAA